CUUCCGGUAAACCUACUGGGCUGCAGCCAUGCCUCAGCGCCGGCGCGUGGUUCUCGCAUCGAGCAAUGAGCUCAAGGUGGCUGAAGUGAGCAGAUCGCUGGCAAACUACGACAUUGAAUGCGUCCGAGACGCUCACGCCGCUGCUUCCCAGGAUGCCAUUUGGGAAACACUCCAUCAACGUGGAGAGGAGUUUUGGCACAAGGCCGUCUUCAAAGAAGAGAUGCGCGUUUUUCGUGCACCGGCGGAUGGUUUAGAAGGCUUUUUGGCUCGUGUGAAGGACCAUGUGCCAGCGGAGGACUGCACGGAACUCCCCUCCGACGCGCUGCCGGAUGGGGAAGCGGACGCUUAUGAAUUGCCGAAAGAUGAGGCAGCACAAAUCCGAGAGCCAUGGCGGAGAGCGGCCACAGCUCUUCACACCACUCCGGGGGCCACGGGUGACGUGGACACCGUGCACACUGUGACGCCAGCGGCUGGCUACGCGGAGAUCCCCGUGGAUCCAGCGCCAACUAGGUCAAGACAUUUGGUCCACUCGACCUACUCCAGUGCCGUGGAGGGCUACGUGGACCAAAAACAGAAGCCUUUGGCUGGGACCGAAGCCUUUGGCUGGGAUGAUGUGGUGGUACUGACCAGCACCGUGGCCAUUGGCUUUUCACUUGGCACUGGCAAGACUUAUCAAGACAUGCUCAAACUGCGCCUGAAAUUCUCUCCCCGAUUUUCGAAGACCAUCUCCUUUGCGGACUCCGAGUCCGUGGCCAGUUUCGUGGCACAGAAUGAGUUCUUCAACAACGAGGUGGCGCAGCGGAGUGGUUUGAGCGGUGUCUUCAUCGCGGUGGCGACGCUGGGGAACAAUGGCGCUUUCUUUCGCAGCGCUCAGUCGCGACGGGAGCUCAACUAUUGGUUGCCAGGGCUCAAUGCAGGCAUUCCCUUCGUGGCGAAAAAGGAUCCAAUCCAUGAGAUCACCUUCACGGCCCACGACUUCGGGUUGACAAACAUCCCCCCAGAGUACACUACCCGCUUAGACAAGGCCAGUCGCAUCCAGCAUUUUCUCAUUCCAGAUUUGGUCUUCACUGGCAAUACCUCCAUCAAUGCCAGGUUUGCAGACAUGCUCUUUGUGGAGACCCUGCGGCUCUCCGGCUAUUCAUAUGAGUGGAGCAAGCGGAAGAUCCAUCCUUUGUUUCAAGAGACAGGUUUGAAGCCCUUUGACGGGGACCGGCAACACUUCUUCAGCGAAAUGCGGAAGCUGUUGGAAGCUAAUGUGGAUUUGGCUGGAGCAAUCCGCGCCACAGGGGGAUUGGUUAUCCCUCCAGAAUUCGGCUAUACCGGAAGUUCACCCAUGUUGGUCCGUUCCCACAUGGUGAGUGAAUUGGAGAAAACGGACGCUGCCCAGCGCUCAUGCGAGCUCUUCAGAGGGUCGCUCAUAAGCCACCUGAUUGGCCCUAAAAAGGCCGCAGCUCUCAUUGAUGUGGCUGCUGCCAUAGGCUUAAGGUGGCAGCAGGAGGUGGUACAGGCGGAGGUGCCUUCUCCUCGGCACGAGCAGCGGUACUGCCUGAUGGGAUCCACGAAGAAAUAUUUGGAGCUGAUCAAGCAACACAAGGGUGAGGCGGAAGAUUCCAGUCAAGUGCUUGAUGAGCCUUGGCCGCGUCAAACGCGUCGCUUCGUGCUGACUUUGGGACAAGGAUCUGGAAACAAAACUGGAUUGAAACCAUUCCAGGACUUCAAAGCCAAGUACAUGCCGUUCUUUGUGGAAGACUAUCGUUGCUUGACACAGGAUGAUGACAGUGGCAACCAGCAUUGCUGGAACAUGGCGCAGCGCGCAGAGGAGUACCAGCGCUGGUGGCAGAUUGCGGCGCCCGUGGUGCAGGCUGGACGUCUGGAUGGCAUGGACAACGGCAUCGGUCACAUGGCAGUGGAGGUGGUGAUGGUACAAUGUUUGGAAACAGUGGAUGAUCACAUGGCAGCCAUUGGUGUCAGCUCAGACGGUCCAGCGUGCCCUGCAGAAGAGUUGAUUCCCAAAAUUUUUCAGCGCGUUUUCGAAACGCGCUUGAAGCCCGUCUUCGAUGGGGAUGGCUAUGCCAUGGAAGCUCCCCACGUUCGAUUGAAGAAUGCCUAUGUGCGAUACCUCGUGGGGCAGAUGAUCAUUUUCGCUCGUUACGACUUCCUGGAAGAAAGCCAUCGCUACGCCGCCAAGCUGACGGACUUGGUGCGGCAACAGGUGGAGAACUUCACGGAGGCAACGGUGGAGACGGCACGAGGUCUCUAUGCGCAGUUCCUUCGUGUCCUGUUGCGGAAGUCCUUAAUCACGCCGGACGACUACGAGGUCUACCAGCAGAUCUGCCCUCUCUUCGACCCCGUCUAUGUCUUCUACGAUGAGCAGAAGGAUUUCUACACCCAGUUGGCUGAGGUUCAACAACAAAUUCUCGGUCUGAAAAAGACGGAUGUUUUCGAGAGAACAGCGAUGGUGGGUCAUUUCAAGGUGGAAGGGCACCUGGGCGGUUUUUGUCGGAUGACGUGUGCAUCCUGUGCGGCUUGGCAGAUCCUCUUGGGGAUGCCACUUGUGGGUGCCGUGGAGCGUGCGAUCACUGCCCUGGACGGGGUGAAGUCACUUGAUGGAAGGUCUGCGGAGAUCUCUUUGACCUUAAAACGUGCCGAGGCGAUGCCCUGGGGAACCCCGGGGUCCUUCAAGGGAGUCCCAAAGAAAAGCCAGGAGGACCAAUUGGGUGAUCUGGACCUUUCUAGUCUUGCUGAAGAGUUGGACCUCAAGAGUUUGGAUUCCAUCCCCUGUGAAGCCGCUACAGCUGGCGCUUCCCCCGAAGGCAGGUGUCUGGUCAUGGCUUCAGUGUUCUUCCAUGUUCUUCCUGAAGCGUUUUGGGACAAGGUGGUUCUUGAGGUUGAAGCCAUUGAGGAUGUUGGCUUCGAAGCAAGCGUCUUGAACGAGGUGGAGCGCAACGUCCGCGCAACGCGAUGUGUUGGCAAUGUCAAGCUGAUGGCCCAGAGUAGUACCCAACUGCGAAAGGUGGGGGGUCUCAGUGGCUCCAAGGGCAUAGCCGAAACCUGGCCGAAACCUGGUCUUGGACAUUACAACGCCACGGCGACACCAGAGACAGGCGUUUCCGACAAUCCUCACGAUCAUCCAUGCUAUGCCCGGGGCAACAACAAAGCGCUUGAGGUCCGCGGUGUGGUGGUGAAGGAUGCCCAAAACGCUGCUCAGUUGAACGGGGCGGCGAUAAUCUGGGCGUCUCCUGAAGUAACGGCGCGCUUGUUAUACGAUCCGGUGAAGGCACUGACCGGUGGGUGCCAGGAACUUGCUGCAGAAGCUCGAGGGGGUGUCUUGGUGUGUCGUUACCAUGAAGAGGUCCUGGAAGAUCCCUCUGUGGCGACUCUGAGACGGAUGAAGCAGAUGCUGCUGCUGUCGCUGCCCCCUACGAUCAUGCCACCUGGCAAUUCUUUUGGGUUUUACUGCGGCAGCAUCUUUCACGAAGCCGCUUGGUCAGCGGCCUUGCACAAGGCCGGCGUCCCGUCCCGUAGUGACUGGAUUGGGUUGGUGUGUUAUCAAGGCUUUGCCGUGGUCUUCUUUGCCAACCUGGAGGGCUGGACCUGGGAUCAAUCGCUGUACUUCGGCAUGGUGACGAUGUCUACUGUGGGCUAUGGCGAUCUCUACCCCACACAUUGGUACUCGCAGUUGGUGGGCAUUCUCUUUAUCCUGGUGGGUAUUGUUGUGGUCUUUGGCCAAAUCAUCGAUUUGGUGAACUUGGUCAUCGUGCCCCUCUUCCAGAAGUCCCGAGAUCUUGUGGAGCGCUUGAUGCCGGCGCAUUAUGUGGACAUUACAGGAGAUGGCACUCCAGACUUCAAAGUCCCUCGUAGACGGCCCAUCUUCUAUGGCAAGGGCUUGGCCGGGCCCAUUUUGAUGUUGCUGCUCUUCCAGUUCAUCUCGGCCGCCAUCUUCACGGCGGUGGAGCCAGAGUGGGACCUUUGGAGCGCCUGGUGGUACGUCAUGGUGACGGCCAGCACGGUGGGAUACGGCGACCAGAGCGUGAACAAAGAGACGCUGAGAUAUACCGAGAUGAUCGUAGGUGUUUUUUGGGUCAGGGAUGGUUUAUGGAGGAUUUGUGUAGGGAUUACCCUCUGGUUAUGA